AUGAGCGGUUCAGAUGAGAUAGACAGUAGUGGUGCACAACCGCCACCGCCACCACCUCCCCCUCCUCUUUCGCACUCUUCUGCUCCUUCCUCUUCGCAAGGAGCUGGUAUACAGCCAUCAUUCAGUGGAUCUUCCCAUAACCGUCAUCCACAAUCUCAGGGCUAUUAUCCUCGAAAUGAGGGUUUGAAUGGGACAGGCUAUCGCCAGCCCUUUUCUCGUGGAAAUAAUAUGGCUUACAGAGGUAACAGUGGUGGCAGAUAUCAUUCCAACUAUCAUGGAUACAACAACUAUUCUGGGGGCAGCGGCGGGCAGGUUCAAAGUUACUAUCAACGCGGAGGAUAUUAUAAUGGAUAUAAUGGAUCUUACCAUUUGCAGCAGCAGUCGCAACAUCAGCAUCAAUCGCACCAAUCGCACCAACCAUAUCAAGCGCACCAACAGCAUCAACCGCAUUCUCAACAGCACUAUCAACACUAUUACCAGGAUUAUCAUGGCUCAGCUCAUCCAGCCAGCAGUUCUGGUUCCUACCCAAGAUAUAAUCACGUUAACGCCAACAACACCACUCCAAAUAGCGGAACGCCCUCAGGAACAAGAUACAACAGCAACACUUCUAACCAUACGACAAAUGACGUUUCGCCUAUUUCUCAGCAACUAGAAACAAAGAAGAAGUUUGAAGUCAUCGAAAAUCCCAUAUAUUACCUAACAGAACUUGAUAAGUCUACAGAUGACCUAAAGAAACUUGAAGAUAUAAAAAAGGUCUUCCAGGAAAGUGAUGAACUCGACCAUAAACUAGAACAACAGAAACUUGUCAUGUGGAAAGCAGAAUUGGAACUAGUACUUCUGGAUACACAAUCCGAGAAGGACGCUUUAAAUGUACAGUUGAACCAGGAAAACCUGGAUGCUUUAUUAAUGGAAGGUUGA